CGCGGGCACUCGGCUCCCCGCCGCCCGGUGAGUGCCGCGCGCCCCUGCCCCCCGCACCUCGCCGGGGCCCCGCGCGGAUCCCUGUUGUCCUUUGGGGGGGGGGUCUCACUACCCUGCGCGAAGCCCCGCGCGGCCCUGGUCGGGGGUCCUGCCGCGCGCCCCCGCCUGCGCCGCCUUCUGCGCUCCUGCCUCACCUGUGUUCCUUCCCCCGGGGCUCACCGGCCGCCGCCCUGGGGGCCUCCACUGCCCGUCGUCCGCCCCCCCCCCCCAGUCUCCGCCGCUCCACCCCCUCCCGCUCCCCGGCUCCCCGACCCUUGCCACCCUCCGGCCUCUGGACCCGGUGUGCCGGAGUCGGGGCGCAAGGGAGACUCGGCCCGACCCCCGGCGGUGGACGCGCAGCCCAGCUCGCCCCGAGGCUGGCGGAGGGUGGGCGGCGCGGCCGGGGAGGGAUCGGCUGGAGACUGGCGGGACAGUGAGGGUGGGAAGCCGAAGCGGAGGGAGCGGGAGCCGCUGGGCGAGCGGGGCAGCAGGUCCCAGGGGGAGCGGGCCGGGUCCGAGGUGGGGGGUGGGGGUGGUCUGCCGUCGGCACCAGGGGAGGCGGCGGCCAGGCAGAGUGAGCUGUGGGAAGGCGGCAGGAAGAGCGGGCCCAACGUCUAGGGGUCCCGGGAAGAAGGGAGCCCCGGCAUCCCGGGUCUUGGCCAAGCGCUCUGAGCCCUCCUGAUGCUUCCCCAGCAGGAAGGCCCGCCCUGCAGGUUCACCUGUGUGCUGUCUCCCCACCCAGAGUCCACACCAGCCGCUCACCUGCCCCACUGCCCGGCCCACCGACCCUGGCCUGCAGGCUGACCUGGGGUCCCGAGUAAGGGCAAGGGCCAGGAGUCCCAGUGGCCACCGUUGGAGGCAGUUCUGGCUGCCCGCUCCCCCCCUCCAUCUGCCGAAGAGAGCAGGUUUCCUGGGCCCGGCUGCCCCUUGGGGGAGGCCUGGGAGCCUCAGGCGGAAGGCUGUUGACAGCAUCGAUGACAAUGACCCUCCAUUGGCUCCGGGUAAAAUGACCCAGAUUUCUCAGAAAGUGUGCUGGGGGCGGAACGUGGCCUUGGAAACAAACGUGGUGCUGGGACCCUGAGGAAGGGUCUCCGCUGGCCAGCCUCCCGUUCACUGCCCCAGGCCAGCCCACACCCACCUUCGUCUCCCCUGGGGGGGGGGGGGCAGGGACACCAGUCUGUCCAGAGCUGCCUUGAGGACAGAAGGAGCAUGUGUGGGGGAGGCAGGCCCGGGUGCGGUGCUGGGGCCGGUCCUCUGGGUGUUGGCCCCUGCCCUGCGCAGGUCGGGGGAGGUGAGGACCCCAGGAACACGGAGCCGCUCCCGGCUAGUGCUGCCCUGGGUGGAGGACACCUGCCCUCUCCUGCCGACCUCACGUGGGGCCAGCCCGGGGGAAGCCGCGGAGCUCUGGGCACUGAGGGCCUGUCCCCUCCCCAUGUCCCCGGGAAGCCUCCAGCCCCUUCUCCUUGAAGCCCAGGGCAGGAACCUUUUCCGACACUGGGAGAAGAUGCUGGGCUGCUUGGGGCAGGCGAGAGGGAGCAAUUAUUUAGCACCCACUGUGUGCCAGGCACUGCACACAGCAUCUUGCGUAUCUGAAUUUAUUUCAUGUGUUCAGGGACUUUCCAUUUGCCAGGGGCUCAGGGAGGUGACGUGACCCGCCACCCCCCAAGAUCCCUGGCGGGACGGGAGGGAGGGUAGGGGGUCUGUUCCCUGGGCCACAUCAGUGGGCAGGCAGUCCUUCCCUGGUGGGGGGCUCUGGGUCAGAGAGCCCCAGCGCGGGCCCGUGGCUGAUUCCACCCCCCCCCCCCACUAAAUCCCCCGCCGCAGGAGGAAGGGCCCCAGGGACAAUUUGCCACGAGUGUAAUUUCUGUGACUAAGACGAUUGCCACUUCUAAAUAAUGGCUCCUGUAGAACCGUGUUCCCAGAGGCAGGCGCCACUGUAACGACCUAGUUUCAUUCUUCGCGGCUCCGCGGCCUGAGGAAUUGGGGUGUCCGUGGGGUGCCGGGGCUCCGGAGCCAUCUCAGGGGAGCCCUGAGAAGCUUCUGGAAGGCACGGGCUAUCUGAGUCAGGCCUGAGCUCACAUUCAACUAUGCCACGCUGGGGCCCCAGGCCCCAGCCAGGGACGCAUCUGAGCUGACAGUCGCCCCUCCCUCCGUGGGUGAGCCGAACAUCUCAGGGGACGGUGGCUUCUCCCCCUCCCAGCACUCGGGGUCCCAUGCAGGAAAAGGAGCCAGAAGCCCCUUCUUGAGUAUUUUUUCCCCAAAUGUGAGCGGGGGCCUGGGGCACAGAGACCAACGGGCCGAUCUCAGCCCGAGUGUCCCCGGAAAGCCCUCCUCCCAGCUGGGCCCCCCGGGGAGGUGUGGACCCACCAACCCGGGAAUGCCGCUUCCAGCUGAGGGAUCCCCAGCUUUCUCUGGAGAUGCGGUUGUUUCCAGAGGCCGUGCCUUGCCUUGUCUUAGUCACAGUCACUUGGCUCACAUCGGGUCCCCAUAUAGCUGCCAGGGGCCCUCCGAACCAGGAGCAGCAGAUCCAGCCCAACCCCGAGUGUCUCUCCCCCUCCCACGAACCUCCACCCGGAGGGGACCCAGGGGGACAGUGCUCUCCACUGGCUGCACUCGUCCCGAUGCAAGUUCUCCGUCUGGGGCCCGCUGUCUCCCAGCUGCCAUUCUGGGGGAUUUCCUCCUCAUCCGGGUCUUAUCCGUCCUCCCUGGGGGCGCAGGGCUCCUGUCCGGGGCCGUCCCUGCUGCCGGUGCCCUCUCGUCCGCCCACCCCGCUCGCAGGGCCCUCGACCCCUCUCCCCUUCUCCGAGUCUCUCUUCAGCUGUGUCCAGACCCAACUUGAUUCUGACUUUUAUGGAGUUUUUUUUUAAGUCCAAAUGAUUUUUCACACCCGAGAGUUGUGAAUUUUCAAAAAUACACACUUGCUCAUUUUACUUCUUAGACAGGAGCCAAAUUUGUUUCAUAAUAUUUUUACCCGUGCCUUAUUGAGGAACCUAAACGUAUUUAUUUAAACAGAUCUUGGACAUGCUUGUCGAUUCCUAUUAUUUUUAAUUUCACAUGAAAUGGACCGGCUGGCCCAUCUCCCCGUUGCCGGUUUUCUAGGGCCACAUUUCGUAACAAACUUGGAGAGUCGGCCCAUUGGGACCUUCAGGUUUCUUUCUGACACCUGCCUUUGUUCUUUGUUCCAGACACACACCCCCGGACACCCCCCCCCCCCAUUUGUCUGCCAGAGUCCGGGGCUGGCCACCAGUGGGGGUGUCCUCUGCUCUGAGGAAACUCGGGGCACUGCGGGCCAGCCGGGCAGGGCAGGGGGACCUCUGGGCCUGAGUGGCCCUGGUUGGGUCCCCUGGGGCACUUAGGCCCCCACCCCCUGUGCGCUGUGCCCCCUUUCUCUUCCUGUCAUCAGCGGAGAUAGUUAUUGUCUCCGGAGCACCAUUGCUUUUAUGAACUUUCUCAAACAUACGGAAAAGCGCCAAAACUACAUAAGGACACAUGUGUGUCCAUGACCUUGAACCGGGGAUGUUAACAUUGUCCCUUCUCUGCCUGUGCCUCUUCCUCCACGAGACCCAAAGCCUUGCCCCUGCACACCCCCUCUCCCAGGGGCCGGCUCACAUGCAUGCGUGUCCUUCUGGCCUGGGCUCCGUGUGUUCCCUGGUCUAGGGCACAUAAGGACCUCACCUACCUGCUCCGCUCCCCGCCCUGGGCCGUGGCCGUGGAGGUGGCGGGCCGGCCCCAGAGCGCAUGCCCAGAGCGUGUCCCUCACAGCUGUGAUGAUUGCACCCUGGAGCGGUCUCCUAUUGUCGUCCCCUCGGCCCAGAGACACCCUGCCCAGCGGCAGCUCUGAGGACCAGGGCACCAAGUCCUCUGGCCAGCCUGCGGGCUCUGAGGGCGCUCCUGAGGGGACAGUGGUCCUGAGAGCCUGCGGUGGACGCUGGAGGGGGCUCUGCAGACCGAGGUCUGGCUCCUCGGCCACACGCAAGGCCUGGCCCCCUCCUGAUGGCUCCAGGAGGUCACCUGGAGUCUGGCCGUGGGGUCACCCAGGAGAGCAGGGCUCGGCAGGUGUCAUGCCCGGCCUCAGCCGGGUGUGAGGGGCUUGGCCUGCCCGGCUGCCGUCCCGACCUCCCUAUCACUGCCCCGUCCUUCUGCACCCUCCCUGCGCCGUCCCCUCCUUGCUGGCGCCAUGGGGACCGUGACACCACCUCCAGGCCCCAGGAGGCCCUAGCCGACUGGAGGAGGGCAGAGGCCCAGCGGGGAGCUGCCCCCGGGCAGUUGGCGGGGCAUAGGGAUAGUCAGGGCUCUGGAAGCCAUCGAGCUGCCAGCCCCCUGCUUCUUCCUCUCUGGGCUUGUUUUCCAAACAAUUUGCUUAAUGUGACUCGCGGCCACAGCCGAGCUGGACGUGAGUAAUCGUGUUUACCCGCCGAGGGGAGAUCCUGCGCCUCCCGGGCGGGCGGGGCCCGGGGAGGAAACACCUCGGCCGGUAAUCGCCCCGCGUCCUCCCUUGUCUUUGCAGAGAGGACGCGCUGUGCCCGCGCUCGCCCUGCCUGGCCCGCAGCGGCCGCGAUGGAGCCUCUGUUCCCAGUCCCCACGCUGGCCGGCUGGAACGCCUCUGCGGCGGCCCCCGGCACGGGCGGCCACAACGGGACGCUGGCGGGGCCGGCGGCCUCGCCGGGGGCCCGCGCCGUGGUGGUGCCCGUGCUGUACCUGCUGGUGUGCGUGGUGGGGCUGGGGGGUAACGCUCUGGUCAUCUACGUGGUGCUGCGCCACGCCAAGAUGAAGACAGUCACCAACAUCUACAUCCUCAACCUGGCCGUGGCUGACGUGCUGCUCAUGCUGGGGCUGCCCUUCCUGGCCACGCAGAACGCCGUCUCCUACUGGCCCUUCGGCCCCGUCCUGUGCCGCCUGGUCAUGACCUUGGACGGCAUCAACCAGUUCACCAGCGUCUUCUGCCUGACCGUCAUGAGCGUGGACCGCUACCUGGCCGUCGUCCACCCCAUCCGCUCCGCCCGCUGGCGCCGCCCCCGGGUGGCCAAGCUGGCGAGCGCGGGCGUCUGGACCUUCUCGCUGCUCAUGUCGCUGCCCCUGGUGGUCUUUGCGGACAUCCAGGAGGGCUGGGACACCUGCAACGUCAGCUGGCCGGAGCCCGUGGGCCUGUGGGGCGCCGUGUUCAUCAUCUACACUUCCGUGCUGGGCUUCUUCGGGCCGCUGUUGGUCAUCUGCCUGUGCUACCUGCUCAUCGUGGUCAAGGUGAAGGCGUCGGGCGUGCGCGUGGGCGCCACGCGGCGGCGCUCGGAGCGCAAGGCGACCCGCAUGGUGGUGGUGGUGGUCGUGGUGUUUGCGGGCUGCUGGCUGCCUUUCUUCAUUGUCAACAUUGUCAACCUGGCCUUUGUCCUGCCCGCGGAGCCCGCCUCCGCGGGCGCCUACUUCUUCGUCGUCGUCCUGUCCUACGCCAACAGCUGCGCCAACCCCGUGCUCUACGGCUUCCUCUCUGACAACUUCCGCCAGAGCUUCCGGAAGGUUCUGUGCCUCCGCAAGGGCUACGGCGCCGAGGACGCGGAGGCCGCGGAGCCCCAGGCCGACAAGAGCGGCCGGCUUCGGGAGGCCACGACGCCCGCGCGCGGCUCCGAGGCCAACGGGCUCAUGCAGACCAGCCGGCUGUGAGCACCGAGGGCCGGCGUGGCCCCAGGUGGCCCCUGCCCCCCGCCCGGCCUGCAUUUCCUGCUGGGCAGAGCCCCACCCCAAGAUUUGGGGGGGGGGGCGCCUGCUGAGUGCCCCACACUCCCUGUGGCCCGGACGCUCUGUGUGGUGCGGGGACCAGCUGUGUGGGCCGAGGCCAUGGGUGGCCCUGCAGGGACAAGCUGUCAGCAACCCCCCCCCCCCAGCCCGUUCCUGCCAUAGAGGCUGGGCUCCUGGAACGCUAGGGAGCGGGUGGGAGAGGCCGGGUGUCACCGGCAGUGCUCAGGGCGCCUCGACCUUAUCCUGCCCCCAGCUCGUGCCAGCCUGCCGGGCCGGGGAGUGACCACUGGAGUGAGCCGGUGACUGCUCUCCCUGCCUCUGCCCUGCGGUCCCAUGUACCUCGUCACACCAGCCCUGCAUCACCUGGUCAAGUGUCAGUCUGUGAAAACAAAGACGCCCGAGGGUGCUGGGCUCGGGCCCCUGCCCCCGGGCACUGCCCGGGGCCCGUGACCAUGCUGACUCUGGAGGUGGCAGAUGCAGAGGGAACGCGGCUGUGUGCGGGGAGGGUGGGCCGGGGCCCCACAGGGGACGGCUGGGACUGCGGAGCUCUCUCGUCCUGGAGACCCCCAGCUGCCGGCUGCCCACCCCCGCCACGGCAUCUCCCUUCCUGGUUGGCCACAGUCAUGCUUUGGGGGGCAGUGAGGGGCGGGCUGGGGGCCGAGGCUUCCGUGGCGGGACCGGGAUGGGGGAGCAGCAAGCAAAGCGGCUGAAUUGGGGGUGGAGGGUCGGGCCCCCGGGUCCGGGGGACACAAGUGUCCCGAGGGGUCCUGUGCAAAGGGUCCCUAGGGCAUCAGUAGAGGCCAUCCUAGGGAGGGGGCAGGAACCCACAGUCAUCUCUUCUGCUUUUGGUAAGAGCUCUGGCCUGGAGAGGAUGGGGGAUGAGAGCAGCAGAGGAGAAAUUUCCAGAUAGCAGUGGGGGGAGCAGCUCCCAGCACAAAUAGCAGUCACUUGGAAGGCGGCACUUGUGUGGGUGCGUGCAAAUGCCAGCAAAUGCCAGACCCCUGGGGAGCUCUGCCACCCCCAGACUAGAGUGGUCCUUCCACCCCCAGAAACGCCACCCCCUCCUGCCGCCGCCCCGAGCCGGCGGUGCGGUCCUGGAGAAGAUGCCAGCCCGAGACCUGCCGGGGCACCAUGUGCCUUGGGCCUCUCUCCGAGGCUGGAAGGAGGACCAGAACGUGGGGGCUCACUCGGCCUGUGUGCCCCCCCCAUCUGGACAGCCCUCCCUGGUGUCACCCCGGCUCACGCUCCCUGGGUCUGCGCAGAGCAGGACCUCCGACCCGCAGGAGGGCAGGGGGAGCCGCAGAGCCAUGCCGGGCAAGGGGGAGGCCUGGUCAGUGCCGCCCGCGGCCCCGCACCGACCCUGGACAGAGGCCAAGGCCUGGAAACGCAAGAGCGUGGCGAGGCCGCUUGUGUUUGACAACCGAUCUCCUGAAUAAAUUGGAGAAUAAAUGUUUGACUGUUUCCCAAAGCAAAUAUUGUCCCUGGAGCCGAUCGAAGUUGGUGCCGAUCUGGGUUCACGGGUCAGCCGAGGCUGGGAGGAGGCAGACAGGCACCCCGGGAGGCGGGAGCCGGGACACGC